AGGAAGGGUGGGGCUGGGCAGGCUAGCAUGUGAGGUGUACGGUAGUGUGUAUGUGUGUGAGUCAGUGUGUGUGUCAUGUACACUCUGGCUUGGUCUUCUCUUCUCAUUUGCCUGACACCGCUGAUUCCUGCCUUCCUCUUAACAUCAUGAUGUCUGCUGCUGCUCCUGCUGCUCCUGCUCCUGCUGCUGCCUGAGCACCACCACAGCUUGUCCUUGCAGGUUUUCAGUACAUAAACCUAGAAGUUCCUUAUGGCAGAGGCAGAUGGUAAAAUGAACAAUUGUCAUGGGACAAAAGAUAAGCAGAUCAAUGGAGCCUCACUUUCUGAUGAAGUUAAAAGUGCAAAAAAAGUGGCUCUUAGAGUUAAAGUGGAUGAAAAAGACUCUGUCAGUUCAGAAAGUGGCAACAAGCCAGGAAGUGGGGCCCAAGCAGCAGUAAAAACUACAGACCAGAUUGGAAAAGUGGCUGGAAACUCUUGUCUUGGGUUUGAAGUUAGCUCACAGAGCAGAGGUGGACAAGACUGUUAUCCACUUCACUGGCUGGUUUGGCAUAAUGACUAUCGAAGACUUGAAACAGAACUGGGUAAAAACAAGCAUAAUCAAGAGCUGCGUGACCCUCGAGGGCGUACUCCCCUCAUGCUGGCUGUUACCCUUGGUCACCUCGAGUCCACUAGAUCACUGCUACGCCACCACUGUAAUGUUAAUGUUGAGAAUAAUGAUGGUUGGACUGUGUUACAGGAGGCCACUGCAACUGGUGACCCAGAGCUUUUGGGCAUCGUGCUGGAGGGGCGAGAUAUGCAGCGUUACUCCUCACGUGUAGCUGGUAUUCCUAGCCUUUUGGCAAAACUAAAAGAGGCACCAGAUUUUUAUGUUGAAAUGAAGUGGGAAUUCACAAGUUGGGUGCCACUGGUUUCUCGCAUGUGUCCAAGCGACACAUACAGGGUAUACAAAAGUGGCUCUAACGUUCGAAUUGAUACUACACUUAUUGGCUUUGACCAGACUAGUUGGCAGCGGGGCAAUCGCAGUUAUAUUUUUAAGGGGCAAGCUGAUGGUGCUACAAUGAUGGAGGUUGAUCACGAAACUUCACAGGUAUACAUGGAGAACAUGCGAACUCUACCACCAGAACAAGCAUAUACUUAUAUGAGACCUCACCCUGGCAUGGUGUCACACAGACUAACUACUCCUAUAGCCAUCACAUAUAUUGACACUGAAAAAAUCAGCUUUGAAAGAGAUAAAGCUGGCAUAUGGGGCUGGAGGAGUGAUCGAAGUGAAAAUGUUAAUGGUCAUGAAUGUAAGGUAUUUUCUGCUAUCAAUGUUGAGCUUGUAACAAAGACUCGCACAGAGCACUUGACUGAUGCUGACAAAGAGAAAUCAUCACCUAGGAGUCCAAUUCAGUCAUUCCUUAAUAUUGCAGAAGUAGAAGAAAAACAAAACUCUCCUUCAUCCUCUGAAGAAAGUGAGACGUAUAGUCUGAACAAUCCAAGUAAUAUCACUGCCGAUGAAUAUUUUGAUCCGGAGGUAGAUUUGCAAUGUCGCGACAUUGGUCGACCAAAAGAAGUCACCAAGAAAGUACAGAGUUUUAAAGCUCACCUUUGGCUGGCAGAAGAGUACCCACUGAAGUUACAAGAUCAAGUUAUGCCAAUUGUUGAUCUUAUGGCCAUUAGCUCUUCCCACUUUGCCAAACUGAAGCACUUCAUUCAGAUGCAACUCCCUAAUGGAUUUCCUGUUAAAAUUGAAAUCCCUCUCUUCCAUGUAUUAACAGCAAGAAUCACAUUUGGAAAUAUAUUUGGGGUUGAUGAAAACAUUAACAAUGUAUCCACUGUAUGUGAGGAGGACAGACUUACGUGUGCUAUAGACGAAGCUGUAUUUGAGCCUCCAGCACACUAUACAAAGAUUGGUCAUUCUGAUGAGCAGCAUGUGCAACUGAGCCUUGAUGAAGAUGAUGCUCUGCUGCAGUAUGCUAUCCAGCAGUCUUUAGUAGAAGCUGGCACAGAACAGGAUCAAGUGGACAUCUGGGAGGCACUGCAGGCUGACCACAGACCAACCCUCAGGCAACAAGGACUUAAUUCGAUACAAGUAUCCCAUGCAAACACACCAGCACAUCUGUCUCUGCACACGGCUGAGGAUGCUCAGCUGCAGCGAGCCAUAGAAGAAUCUCUUGCUCUGAGCAUGGGUACAAGACUCCCACAACUUCCUGGUGCAGGUAACACUGAAAGUAAUUUCCAGAUUGAGCCAGAAGGGGAUAUAGCUGUUCCAGGAGGCUUAGCAAUCACUCCAGGAGGCAGUAUAUUGGACUCUGAAAUGGCUAUGGCACUCUCACUGUCACAGCGUCAUCAGGAAGAGGAGGAAGCACGUCGAAGGCAGGAAGAAGAGACCUUAAAGCGUAUCCUUGAAUUGUCUCUUACAGAAAAAUAAUGUUAGCUAUUAUUUAGAAAUGAAAGUAUCUACUGCCAUAUUACACAAUAAGAACAAAUAAUGCAAUUUUUAUAAUAAACCUUUUGUGAAAAUAUAUAUGAAGUUGUGUUAGACGAGGCUGACUUGACUAAAACUACAAAAUAGUGUUACUUAUAGAACUUGUAACUGAGUAUCUUCAAUCUUAAAAUGACAUACUGUACUGGAUAGGAAGAUGUGAUAUCACUUAACAACCCAGUUUUACCCAGUACAUUCUUGACUAACAUAAUUCAUGAUGUUUCAUUUGUAUACUAUUUGGUGUAUGGUUUAGGAACAUGCUGUGUAUUGGGUCUGCUCACUUUCAACAGUGAUGUAUGGUGCAAUGUGUAAGACAUUGUGAAUAGACUUUGUUGGUCAUAGUGCCUCUACUUGGCCUCCUUUUUUUUCUACAUUAUUCAUAGAAGUAAAUUUAGAAAUUACAGCACAUAGUAAAUUUCUCCAUGCUUUCUUAAAAGCAUAAUUUUUUAUGGUAAAACUAUUGCUUAUAGCAUAUAUGCACUUUCAUACUGACUCGCUUAAUCUUCGAUAUUUUACAUGCCUGAGCUCUUAUAGCAGGGGAUAAUUUAGGCUGCUGUUUUUUUUUGACAUCUGCACUGUAGGUAGGUAACCUUGUACUGAUCCACAUAUGUGGUCUAGUAACCAACUGAUAGUUAUUGUUUCAAAUUUUGAUAGAAAUAUUACCCUUUCAGUUAAUGUUUCUUUUCCUUUUUAAGAUUGCCUACUGGCUGCUCACCCUUCAAAAGAAUACCUUGAUGCUGGCAAGGGCUCUUUAUUAGAGGAACAGGAGUCACCCUCCCCAAAAAAAACUAAUGCUUCCCAUUCCCAAUGCACUGUAUGACUAAUGAUAUUGGCUCUUUCCCAUAAUUAUAAUAUUGACCACUCAGUGAGGUUUAAUACUCCAUGUCAGAUUUAUUGCAUGUAUAUGAAACUAACGACUAAGUAAUCUAAGAUAAAUGGACUCCCUUCUUUUUUAAAUUUGUAUUAAUCAAAUUCUACAAACAGCUGCUGUAGUCAAAAUAGUUUGACAUUAAAUUUAAAAAAUUAAUACUACAGCCUCUUAUGGUGAAUUUAAGUGUCGUGUGAUUGUACCUUAAUUAUCUAUUUGUAAUAACCUAUUUGAAUGUGUGAUUCUUUGUCUGCAAACCUCUUCAUGAAUUGAGUAAGGGCAAAAUUUUUUAAAAAUUUCUCAUUAGAAAACACAUUUAUAUUCAGUGACUGUCACUAUAUACGAAGUUACUAUUUCCCCGAUCAAUAGCUUCCAUCAGUCUUAUGGCGCUUUGUGACUCGUACCGGUUGAGCGUAUUUUGUGAAUAAUAAUAAUGUAUAGGAAAUUGAUGUGACAACAUUCUAACACUUGUUUUCAAGUAAAAAUUCGUAAAUGGAAUAUAGUUUGUAAUGUGACAAUGCAUACAGUAUCUUGGAUGUCUUUUCCUGUUUUCAUGUUAGUCAGGUAUGUAUUAGGUUAGUACAAAUUGUUUUCUAUAAAUGAUGAUUCAGACAAACUUUUUAACUAUGGUAGUCUGCCUAGAAGAAUGCUUAUCCUGAAAGUUUUGUGGCCUUAGUUUUGUAUUGUAAUUAUUCAUUGAAAUUGGGGAGACAAGUUUCUGCUAUUAACAGAGCACACUUUUUCUUUUUACAUCAUUUGCAUGAUUAUUCUUCAUAUAAUAAACAGUAAUGAUGUAUGUAUUGCAGUCAUAUUUAACAUUUUAUUAAUUUUGUUGUUUUAUGUAUAUAUUUUAAAGGGAAAUUGCAACUUAAUACUCUGAAAUAUAAAUUUUGCAAAGUUUG